AUGCAAGAAAAGCUCCACGAGGCAAGGAGGACUGAGGAACAUCUGAAGAUUGAGGAGGCAGAAAGACGUGCAAGAGUGGGUGCGUCCGAGUACGAUGUGUUCGAUGUCACCUUUGCUUCACAGGACUUAGCACUGAAUAAGACUCAAGAACGUGCAAUUCCGACUGAGCCACCUAGAGCAUCACUUAAUGUUUUGCCAGAAACCGCAGAAGAGGAGACAGCUAGUGGUGGCACAUUGAACUCAUGCGAAAGCUUGUGCUCCACAUCUCCAGCACAACCACCGCCAGCGAGCGAGCAGGAUGUCGUUCUAGCUCGUACGAAUGCCGUCAAGAAUUACUCUGACGAUAAUGAUUCCGGUGAGCUGACUCGAGAUGAAGACGAACGUGUGUCAUUUUGUAGCCGGGAUUUCAAACAAGCUCAAGGAAUGGAUAUUGAAGAUGUUGGAGUCGGUGAUUUUUCGGAUGACGAUUCUGCCAUAGAUCCAGAAGCGGAGGAUGAUGAGAUGAAUAACAGUAUGGAAAACGGGAACGGAAAGGUCAUGGAACAGACAGCAUAUAUUGAUAAACAGGAUGCGCAUUCUAGUUCCUACUUUCCACCCAAGAAGAGUACCGAUAAAGAUUCCAACAACUACUCAACUCCGAUCUCAUCAUCUCAGACUUUUGUUGAAGGCCAAACAAGCGCGCCGUCUUCACAACAGUCUCAACAGAAUCCCAUGAAUAAUUGCGCAGCUUCUCCCAGCCCAUCGCCGAUGAUGCCAAACUCCGAAAAUCCUACAUCCAUGGACCCAAGCCAAGAAGCGGAUGCAAUCCUUAAUACGCUCCUUAAAGCUCCGCCAUCUCCAAUCCAAGAAGAGAUGGCUUUCGAUUUCAAUUGUAGCCUUGAUAACGACGAGUUUGAUCCCACAGCAGCACUUAAUAUCAGUGCACACAGCAACGCAAAAGACUUUUCAUUCUCAAUUUUCGGACUGGGAGGUGAUGCUGCAGCUGAUGAAGGAUCCGAUGGAGGCUUCGCCUUUGAUUUUGGUGGUACUUCAAAUGAGAAUGAAGACAGGGAUGAUGGCAGAUUUCAGUUCAAUUUUAAUGAUAGUUCUGCCAAUGACGGUUCUGGCGAAAAGACUGGCAAAAGUUUUAACUUGUUCGAUUUUUGA